AUGGUCCAUCACGACACCGACGCGGCCGUCGCGGACCUCACGCAUCAACUCGGCCCAGACAGGCGAUUCGAGUAUUCUUCCAUCUACUCGAUCCGGGGAUCCGUCGUCGCGUUUGCUUGCGGCCUGUUCAAGCCCGCCUGGGCGAGCGCCGCGGUCACCACCAAGGUGCUGGCGCAGCUGACGACGCGAUGCGGCCCAUAUGUCUCCGGGAAUGGCUUCCCUCGGGGGACCGAGGCCGAGGGGAACAAAAACGCGGCCAUGAUUGGGUACAUGACCUAUCACAAGGGCCUUCACUUUUGCGAAAAGGCCCUCCGCCCGCAUGACGACAAACCCAUCGUGUGCCUAGUGGAGGACACAAAGAAAUAA